AUGGAAGGAGACCAGCGAGCUUCAGAUAAGCUUAAAUUGUCUUGCCAGCUUCCCCUUUUGCGAUCUGCUGAUGGAGCCAAGAUGACUGUCAGAAUUUUAUGGAGCAUAUCUUUGCUGUUCUUUGGUACUGCCCUGCCCCUGUGGGCAUCUCAAAUUUCCUGCAUAAAUGAUGACGGCAAGCCAGUGGACUGGUAAGUAAAACAGGUGGGUUUGAAGGAAGCCGAGGCAAGUCCAUAUAUAUAUGGGACAACACGAAGCUCCAACACUCAACUCUAAGAGAAAAUAAUUAGCAAAUUAAUAUCAGAGGCUGUUAAAGUUGCCUUUGAACUAUACCUCCAGAAAAUGAAAUGUAAGCUACUGAAAUCUGAUUAGUUUUCUGCGCAAUUUAUGCACAUCAUCGCAUUAUGACUAAUUGCAAAACAGCCAUUGAUUCACAGAGGGCUUGUUUCUUUUGAUCAAGAGAGAAAAUGAUUAUGCAUUACAAUUCCAAGCCUCAGGGAAACAUGAGCAGUAAGAAUAGCACGUAUGCCAAACUUGCAUCUCAUCGUGGAAGUGUUUCUCUUCCUUCUCCCUCCCUCUCUUACCCGGCAGUGCAGGGCUGACGAGGGAGGAGGCAGCAGGUAGCUAUUUCAUAAUGUCUUCAUUUCAAUCUUGUUCUUCAGAAAUAUCUCUCGCACAACUAUCUUGGGGAGUGAGCUGUCUCCUCGUAUGACAGCCUUAGCACGGUGACACAAUCUGGAUCCCUGAAGCACAUCAUCUGCUUUGUUAAUCAAGGCUCAUUUUGCAGCUAGGCAUAUCAGUAUGUGAAAGCUGACAGAUAGGAGAAACGAGUUGCUUGUUCUACACCUGUGGAGACGGUACUGUCAACUGUUGCAGAAAGUCUUUCAGCAAUGAUUGCAUGUGCUAUUGAAAUUCAGUCUCCAAUGUUCAUUUAAAUCUGCUGACUCUAGGUCCACAUUUGCAGAUCCUUUUUUUAAAAAGACAUGUUGUUACUCAUACAGAGCCCAACUGGCAAUGGGGGGAUUUUCCUAACACAGUGGUACCUUGGUUCUCUAACUCCUUGGUACUCAAACAACUUGGAACCCAAACACUGCAAACCCGGAAAUAAGUGUUUGCAAACCUUUUUCGGAAGCCGAACAUGCUCUAUUUUGAGUGUUACGCUUCUGAUUUGAGUGCCGCACUUCUGUUUUGAGUGUUACACUGAGGUCUGUUCUGUUUUUACUAUUUAUUUUGCAUUUUUGUUUUUGCUGCUCUUUUUGUUUUGUUUUUGUGAGUGUGUGGAACCCAGUUCAGCUACUUAUUUUUGAGAACCAAGGUACCACUGCACUAAUUGAAAUAUGCAGGGGGUGGGAGUACCAGGAUUGCUGCUGGAGAGGGAAGGUUUAACACUAUGCUCCCUGCACACCGCAGUGCCCCCCCCCCGGCCUAGUAUUUAAUAUUUUAGAGCUCACAGUCUCAUUGCUAACCGGGCAUUGUAGUUAGGUUCUCAGCUAAGCUCCACUGACUUUGUGUACAUCUAUGCAAAGUAGGAGGACGAAACGGCCAAAUUUUCUUUCAGUGUGACUUUUAAGUUUUGUAAAAACAAGAACAACCCACCACCACCAUCUUGCAAAACAAAACACAAUUAAAAAUCCCAAGCCAGCUGUUUUAAACUGACAGUAUUUAUGGCUUCCACAUUUGUGUGGUUUGAAGUAACGAGGGGCAGAGCAGAAGCGAAACUCUUGCAUGAAAAACUACUGCUCCUUGCAGAAAAGCAAAGGGUGCAUUCAUUUCUAAUGAUAACUCUUAGCAGAAAGGUGAACUAAGUUUCAGCAGGUGCAUUUCAUAACUGCACUAAUUAUUCAUCUGCUUGCAUCCUCAUUUAAAGCACGAACUAUUGUGAUGGGACAUUGUUGUGAUCCAGUAGGGUAGAUUAAAAAAGAAUGUUUCUCUGAGACCCAUGAAAAUUACAAGGUGAAUUGACAUGAACUCAUUUUUAUAUACUGUAUAAGAAAUGGGUUCUUUAAAAAUCUCAGAAAUAUUUAAUGCACAAUGUGAUCUUGGUAGUUUUUAGUUUGCGUUCACAAAACAGCCUUGCAAAUAAGUAUACUAUAUACUAGCCCACACAAUAGUCUAACUCUCCUAACAUGCCUAAAUGCCCGUGGUAUAUAAUUUUUUAAAAAAACAGCUACUGUAAAGAGUUUCUCUCUGGUCACUUGGAGAUGACACUUACUUGCCACAGAACAAACAAGCUGCGAUAUAUAGGCCACUUCUGGCCUAGAAAAGGUUUACUAGACUAUUUGCUCAUACGCAUCUGCAUUAGGUAUUUCUGAUGUAGCCUUUAAAAGAAGGUAUCUCUGCUUUACAAAAGCAACCUGGUAGCUUGGAUGAAUUUCUCAUUUUCCAUAGGUGACCAGUCUAGUGAAUAUUAUGAAGGGGCUGACAUAGCUUACUUGUACACAUAGGAGCCAACUCCUAGGGGCUGAAGAGACCUCUCUAAAAUAUUUAAGGGGGCCAGGCUCCCGCAAAGUUGAUGGGCCUUGCCAUUCAAAUGGUGUGUGCCAUGUCUUGUGAUGGAUUAUGUGGGGUGGGGCUUACCUGCCCCACCCCAAUAUUUUAUUAAAGUUGGCUUGUACUUCAUAUUAUAUCGAAACAAAGACAACUUUUAUUUAGGCAAGUAUUAAGUUUGGAAAGAUAGGGUGCUUGCUGUCAGCUCUCUCCACUGCUCCCCACUUCCCCCAUACUUAGCUGGAGAGACAGCAGCACAUGGUUGGGAGAUGUUUAGCAAAGACCACACCUUUUCAGCACCCUGAUUCUUCUAAUAAUGCUCAGGUAUUUGGGUUCUAUUCAGCCAAUGCAAUUUAUUCAUCAUGGCUAAAUUAGUCAUGUUGGUUCAUUUCAAUGGGUCUACUUUGAGUAGAAUUUGCAUCGAAUUCCACCCACAGGGUAAUGUUAUUCCCAGUGGAUCCCAGGUCAUUUAAUUAAGCAGAGGGGCAUUUGGAACUGCAUUUCCCUUGCUCUCUGGUGGCAGCUGGCACUUCUGACCUUUCUUGGAGUAAUUCAGGAGUGCCUGAGACUUUUGCUGCAGUUAAAGCAUCCCACACAAGCCCUCUGUGGUCCCUUCAAGGUCAUAAUUGGAAUCAACUAUAUAUAAUAGCAUGUAAUGAAGGCACAACAUAGCUAUAAUGGCCAGAGCACAACACAAUUUUAAUCUAACUGCGUGCAAACCAGGAUGUCAAAAUAUAGGUCCGAACUUCCAGGGAAAAUAUAAUUAAUAGAAAAAUAGGAAAUAUUGUAAGAACUGGCUUUCAACAGGCAUUCAGACCAUUAACUUGUCAUCUGAAUUUUAGCCAUUCCCUUUCAAAUGCAGUGAUAUACCUGAAGUUCAAGCAAGGUGUAUCUGAAAAACUCAUUUCAAGCUGGCGCGUUUACAUAAUUAGCUACUGACAAUUUCCAGAGCUGACCAUGUUUGCAUCAUUAGCUACAAUUUGUUUUUAAGGUAUAAUUUUGAUGCAUAACAAACCUUUUCUUAAAGCACUCCCUAUUUAACCCUACACAUUUUUUCCCUAGGUAUGUUCUUUACAAAUUCCCUAAGCACAUGAGUCACGAUGUGGCUGGAACUGGGCUGGAAUACAUGUUUAUGGAUUCUUUGGCUCUGAUUUGGAAACCAAGCAAAUAUUUCGUCAACAUGACAGAAAGUGCUCUGGGGCAAACGCUGCAGCAGCUCUACCAAACGUACAAGUCCGAGGCAAGUGAUAAGUACAAAAGCAAAUGAAGCAGACAGAAAGGCCCUAAAAAAAGUAUUGAGGGAAAUCUCAGUAAGAGUAUUUAGGGCAGGGGUGUGGACCACAAGCAAUAUACCAUAUUUUUCGCUCUAUAAGACGCACCAGACCACAAGACGCACCUAGUUUUUGGAGGAGGAAAACAAGAAAAAAAAUCUUCUGAAUUUCAGAAGCCAGAACAGCAAGAGGGAUCGCUGCGCAGCAAAAGCAGCGAUCCCUCUUGCUGUUCUGGCUUCUGGGAUAGCUGUGCAGCCUGCAUUCGCUCCAUAAGACGCACACACAUUUUCCCUUACUUUUUAGGAGGGAAAAAGUGAGUCUUAUAGAGCAAAAAAUACGGUAUUUACUAUAACCAUUCUACAACCAACGAGAACCGAGCAAAUAAGUUACAAAACAGGAAACACACAUAAAAAAUAUCCAUAACACAUACUGCAACAUUAAAAUACACCAGUUAAAAUUAACUUGAAUCUUCAUAAUCCACAUAGAUUCUUGAUAAACAGCCAGCAACUUUAUUAGCACUUCCUUUUAUAUGAACUAUGUCAAAAUCAAAAUCCAGAAGAGUGAGACUCCACCUUAAAAGGUUUUGGUUAGAAUUUUUUACUCUGUCUAACCAACAUAACGGGGAGUGAUCUGUUUCGAUCGUAAACCAUUGACCCCAGAGGUAAGAGCAUAAUUUAUCAAGGGCCUAUACUACAGCCAAACACUCCUUCUCAACCGCAGCGUAAUUGCGUUCUCUGGGCAAUAACUUCUUACUGGUAAAUACAACAGGACAUAGUUCACCUUCAACAUCUUGUUGAAGCAGGACGGCACCAAGACCAGCUUCUGAAGCGUCAAUCUGAACUAUGAAAGGCUUAUUUUGAUCAGGUGCUGUUAACAACUGAGACUGCAGCAAAGCUUGCUUUAAGGCAUUAAAAGCCUUAAAGGAGAUAUCGUUCCAUACAAUUGUCAGGUUGAUAUUUUUAACACAAAUCAGCAAGUGGUAUUGCAAAGUCAGUAAUGAAUCACCUAUAAAACCCAAUUAAGCCUAGGAAAGACAGGAUUUGACAUUUGGCCUUAGGUACUGGCCAAUCCUGAAUACUUUGGGCUUUAGCCUCUAAAGGCUUAAUAUGACCUCUCCCCACAAGGUGUCCAAGAUAUCCCACCUCUCCUCAGGCAGAUUGGCACUUUGAAACAUUCGAAAUUAGACUGGCAUGUUGAAUCUUGACCAAAACACUCUGUGCAUGCUUCAAAUGAUCAUCCCAGGAGUUACUAAAGACUGCAAUAUCAUCUAAAUAGGCACAAGCAAAGUUAGACAUGCCAUUGAGCAGAGAAUUAAUCAAGUCCCAGGAGCGUUCCAUAAUCCAAAAGGCAUGUUAAUGAACUCAUACAAGCCCAUAUGUGUAAUAAAUGCUGAUUCAAUAGGUGUAUCUUGAUCCAUAUUAAUUUGCCAAUAUCCUUGCCGUAGUCUGUGGCACUAUCAACUGUCUUCUUGGCUCACACUCUGGGGCAGAUUUCUUUGGAAAGAAUUGUCUAUAAAGCAACUCUUUCUCCCGCACUUCUACAUGCUUCCAAAGUUGGGUCCUUUCUUAAAGUCACGAUCAUGAAGGGGUGAAGGAAAAGGAGAACUCAUGGUAUUCUCACCAGACUUUGCCAAAGAAAUUUCUGUUCAUCAAACUGAUUUGCAUUUCCAGUGACAGUCUCCUCAACACAUUGGCUAGCCAGCCUUUCUCAACCUGUGGGUCCCCAGACGUUGUUGAACUACAACUCCCAUCAGCCCUAGCUAGCAACAACAUCUGGGGACCCACAGGUUGAGAACCACUGGGCUAGACGAUUCACUAGCCUGCUGAGCUAAAUGCUGUCUAAAAUGAGAUUGUUGUCUAUAAGGCAAGGUGUAAACAUACCAUUUUCAUGUACUAAAACUGGUAAGGACACUUUAAAAUCUUUGUAUUCACAAUCCACCUGGGCUAGACUGGUUUUUACUGCUUGGCCCCCAUAGGGAGUUACAAUCAACUCUUUACUUCUUUACCUGAAGGAGCAGGAGCACAGCUUGGGAGUCAUUUUGGACUCACAGCUCUCCAUGGAGGCACAGAUCAAUUCUAUGUCCAGGGCAGCUGUCCACCAGCUCCAUCUGGUACGUAGGCUGAGAUCCUAUCUGCCCGUGGACUGUCUCGCCAGAGUGGUGCAUGCUCUAGUUAUCUCCUGCUUGGAUUACUGCAAUGCGCUCUACGUGGGGCUACCUUUGAAGGUGACCUGGAAACCACAACUAAUCCAGAAUGGCCUCGGCCCAGUAUACCUGAAGGAGCGACUCCACCCCCAUCGUUCAACCCGGAUACUGAGAUCCAGCACUGAGGGCCUUCUGGAGGUUCCCUCACUAUGAGAAGCGAAGUUACAGGGAACCAGGCAGAGGGCCUUCUCAGUAGUGGCGCCCGCCCUGUGUAACAUCCUCCCAUCAAAUGUCAAGGAAAUAAACAACUAUCUGACUUUUAGAAGACAUCUGAAGGCAGUCCUGUUUAGGGAAGUUUUUAAUGACUGAUGUUUUAAUGUAUUUUUAAUCUUUUGUUGGAAGCCACCCAGAGUGGCUGGGGAAACCCAGCCAGAUGGGUGGGGUAUAAAUAAUAAUAAUAAUAAUAAUAAUAAUAAUAAUAAUAGUUUAUUAUUAACCUUCUAAAAUUUGGCCAGGUUAUAAUAGCCUCUUGGAUGCUGAGGUAAUAUCAGCCCCUGUGUCCCAUAACCCAACUAAUAAGAAGUUAUUAAUUUUAAUUUCCUCACUGAAUUGCACCUGAGCCCAUCUAGAUUUACGUGGGUCAAUUAAUGCCAUUCUCACAGUCUGUUGAACCCCAUUCAACGCCUCUUCUGAUGAACCAUUUUCUGUUGAAGCACCUCUCCCCCAAAUUGGAAAUGUGACACACCCACACACGGUCAAAAGAGGACAUAUUUUUGCAUAAGUUGUUCACAUGCUAAUUUACAGGUUAUAGGUGCUAAUUUAGAAAUGAUUGUAAAAUAGAAAUAGAAACGCAAUAUCUCACCGUAGUCGAGAAGAGUGUCCUUAAGUGACCUGUGUGCCUCUACUCCAUCCUUGAAGUUCAUUGCUGGACAACCAGAUGGUCAUUCAGUAGAUGAUGACCAAACAGAGGGUUGUCCUCUGAAACUGGUGCAUAUGGCUACCCUAGGUACUGUAUAAGGGUGACUUGAGUGGCCAUAGAAAAAAAACACCACACAGGUGAGUCCUCAUUAGGGAUUGCCAAAUUUGUCCAUUUUAGUUUCUCAUCUUAAAUCCUUCAUUCAUCAUGUUUUUCUAUCUUAAAUUCAGUUCUCGGGAUUUCUGCAGCAAUUGGCGCACACAGAAGGAGAGGAAUUAAACCCUCGUGAAAAUUUGUCAGGUUUUUUUGGUACAGAUUUCUCCUAAUAAACUUAUUUUUGUAUGCCGUUUUGACAAAUAUGCACAUUUUUUGCAAGCAGUUUCCCCAAAUAUUUUUUGUAUGUAUGCAUCUAAUGAACAUUCUCCCAUAAUACGUAUGCAUUGUUUGAUUGGAGAACUGUACUGGAAAAAUUGAAGAAGUGCAAAUUUUGAAGAAUAACUCUGUUUUGGUUUGUGCAUUGACUCGAGAAGUGCAAAUUAGUUAGUGUGACAUUAAAACACAAGCAAAACUGAAUCCCCCCCUUUAGUCUUCAUAUUUUUUAGAUUCUUUAGGAGACCUUUUGCCAUGAAACAGCACUGAGAAGGCUAGGUUUGUGGUUGUCCUCCCAGAAACCUAUGUCUACAGGCAUUUAGCUAUACUAUACCAGGUUUCUUUUUAAUAAUUAACAGGAAGGAUUAGCAUCACAGCUAAUUUCCACUUUGUUUCGUCCCAAAUCUGUGAGUGCUACUAAACCCUGAAACACACAGAUGCACACACAAGUAUCCAUGUGUCAAAAAGAAGCUUUUCCUCUGGUGUGUUGGGUGUGAGACAGAGAAUUCACUCAUCUUGGGGAGAAUGCUAUCUGAAAUGUUUAAUGCAAAUAUGCUUGUUUCUCUAGCUUGGUAACUUUCUCAAAGAGCCAGGUGCAAGCUCUCUUUUGAUUAUCAUAGGCAAUGAUUCUGCAAAAUGUAAAGUCAGACAGACUACUAACUUGGUCUUUUGAUGUGCACUUUGUUGAAUGAGUUAAUUUUCUUAUCUGUUCUGAUUUCAAGAACCGAAUCUAUGAUUUUUUUAAAAGUGACCAAUAAGCUAUUAAAUUUGCAUUCUCUUAGGAGCUGUUUUCUAAAUAGUGUGUAUAUUUAAAUACGUAGUUAAUGACUGAUUGUUAGUAUUCAUUACAAAUAACAUCUUUUAUUAAGAGUUUUUAAUUAUAUUGAAAUAAGUAGGCAUUAAUAUAUAUUUUAAAAAGUUGGCCAGACUGCCAAGAUUGUAUUAGCUUCUUGCCAUCUUUCCAGCAGCUACAUUUAAAUACAAUUAAGUUUUUUUAAAACUAGAGCUAUGCAUCCACUUAUAACACACAGGAGAAAAUGCAAUGCGAAAAGUUCACUCUGUACAAAGGGUAAUUUUGUAGGAGGGUAAUUUUAAUAACAUAGGCUAUGGGCCAAUGUGACUGCUCGCUAGGGGUGUAAGAAUUUCUGCUUCAAUUUCUGUUUUCUUUGAUAUUUCCCAGCAUUGAGAGCCAGUGUGGUGCAGUGGUUAAGAGCGGUAGUCUCGUUAUCUGGGGAACCGGGUUCGCGUCUCCGCUCCUCCACAUGCAGCUGCUGGGUGACCUUGGGCUAGUCACACUUCUCUGAAGUCUCUCAGCCCCACUCACCUCACAGAGUGUUUGUUGUGGGGGAGGAAGGGAAAGGAGAAUGUUAGCUGCUUUGAGACUCCUUCGGGUAGUGAUAAAGCAGGAUAUCAAAGCCAAACUCUUCUUCUUCUUCUUCAUCCCUACUUUUCACAGCACUAGAGGUGAUUUAAAGCUGUGUAUCUAGAUUAUGCCUUUGGCUUCAGACCAGUGGCGAAGGACCCUCUUGUUUCAAUGAUAAGGAGAGUGUUGCUUUUUAGAAUCAUGUUUCCUUAAAUAACAUAUUUAAUAGACUGGUGUCUGUUUGUCUGUCUGUUUAGGAAAACAGCACUGCCUAUGUGAUAUAUAAUGAUGGACCACCUAACAAAAUGAAUUACAGCUGGACACAUGGACAUUCUAAAGGUAUUAUCAAGUGACUUUUGGGCCUGUUUCCACCUGCUACAGAUGAGUAUGGGUCCAGAAAACCACGCAAUGCCCUGCACAACCUUCCUUGCUAUGUGAGGGAGUUGAAGUGGGAAAGCAGUGUAAUGGCCAUUCUGAAUGGGAAAGCACUUUCAAGGAUGAAAACCUUCAUCUCUGCCACCAAAAAAAAUAUAAAAAUUAUAUUCUUCUAUUUUGUUCAACCUCCUGAGCAAAAUAGAAGAAUAUAAGCAAAUGAUUUGGUCAUACUAAAUGGGUAGGUGAUCGAUAUCGCCCGAAUAUGAAAUAUGAGUUUCUGGGCAGAGAGCGACUUCUGCACCCUCGUAUCUGGGUGACCCCAGAGCAGAACUUGCCAUCCAUAUGCCAUUCUGGCGCUGAACUCUUUUGGGAAGCUGUUUGGCGGUAGCAGAAAGUUAAGUGUGCAGAAUUUGGCAAUCUGAACCUACACUGAGGAAAUGGCUAUUUCCCCACAGAUUUAGUCUUGAUGACUCCACGUCUAAUUGCUCUAUAUCUAGCAACCCACAUUUCUCCACAUUUAAAAGGUCACGCAAAUCCUCCCCUUAAGGCACAUGCUGAAAUGCUUUCUGCAGUGAGGAAAGAAGAUUUUUUAAAAAAACUAUUCUAGAGAGGGAUAAUCAACUUCUGCAAAGUCAUACGCUGGGAUCUUGGCACCUGAAGGCCAAACUAGUCACAAAAUGUGGAGAAAUCCAUGAUUACAAUGGCCAGUAGGCUGUUGCGGGUAGAUUUUCAACUAAUUAGUAGCUUCAACUAUCAGGAGAGUAGCCCUUGGGAAGAAGGUGUUUAAUGCAUUCCUCUUUGAAGUUUUCUUGCUAUUAGCUUUGGCCAGAAGUACAGGAGGAAAGGGUUAAGCACCCCUUUCCCCAUUGGCCACUUCCCCAGUUAGAGAUCCUGGUUGCUGAACUUUCACAUCAUGUCUAGUUUGACCCCAGAACUUUCAGGAUCUGCUGAGAAAAUGAGUGAGUUGCUGAUCAUGUACCUUUUUUCUAGGCAGACACUGUCACCGUUGAUUGUGUGGAAGACAUGUAUGAGGCUGUGCUGGGUGAAUAGAAGGAUCCCGUGCUGGGAAAAGUGAUUCCAAGCUACAUUCCUGUGUAUUAGUCAGACCAUUAAAUUAUUUAACUGGGAUAAUGCAAAUGGAGGGAGGCUUUUGACUUUUAUGUUCACGAAAAUUCCCACGAUGACACUAUUCCUUGCAUUUUUCUUCCUUUAUUAAUGACAGGGUUUUUGCUCUUGGACCAGUCCCAAGGUUUCUGGGUUAUACACAGUAUUCCCGAAUUCCCUCCAUUUCCCGAGGACGGCUAUGGAUAUCCACGCACGGGAAAGUACAAUGGACAGAUAGCAAUCUGCAUAACAUUCCGAUAUGAGCAGUUUGCGGAAAUAGGUAAUGAUAGCUUACUGUCUAGAAAGUGAGCGCAAACAUGUCUAGAUGAGUUUCUGGCUGCCGGUGUUUGUUACCUUAGAUGUGUCUUAUGUAUGUAUGGCUUGUUUUGAAACUUACAGGUCGGUCAUCUUAAAUCGUAAUUGGUAGCACUUCAAGUUUUGAAUCAAGAAUGUGAAACUUGCUAAGUGCCAGGGCUCAUGUGCCGACACACAUUGACUGCAGGCCUCAAUGAAUUUGGCAUACCAUUUUCAUGCAUGUGGCAAAUUAUAAUUGUUAGCUGGGCAUGCUGACUUGGAAGUAAGUCCCAUUAUAUCAAAUGGGCCUUGUCCCCUAGGAAGAGCUUUUGGAAUGGCAGUCUGAAUCUCAGCUCCAAUGAAAAGAGUUACAAAAUGGUUGUUCUAGGGCUGGAAAAAGUUUACAAAGGCUUAAUGCUAAGAGCAAUAAUUGCUGUAUGUCCAGAAAUAUAGAUCUAUUCAAUGGUUGUGAUUCAUAGAAUUGUACAGUUAGAAGGCACCCUGAGCAUCAUCUAGUCCAAUCCGCUGCAAAGCAGGAAUAUACAGUUGACCUAUACGGGGAUCAAACCUGCAACCUUGGCAUUAUCAGUACCACGUUCUAACCAACUGAGUUAUCCAGGCAUAAGAACAAAGGGACACCCGGAUAUAAGGAUGUAAGUCGAAGCACGCAUAUUAAGUGUCCCAGAAAUGGAAUGUUUUGCAACUGAAUGUGUUUAGAGUUCAGAGAUAAGCCGUUACCUUGAUUUUUGAAGGACUAAUGUGACUAAUACACAUCUGAACUGUAAGUGUGAGAUUAAGGCUGCAAUGCCAAAAGUUCAAGUAUUGCCUUUUCUCUCAACUCAAAAACAUAUUCAGCUACAAAGAAACAGAUUUCAGCAACGUAGCCACACUUAAUAUGUUUGCUUACGAUUGCAACCUUUAUCACAAACAUUGAAAUCAUAUGCGUUUCUGUUACAUUGUUUUUGGCUUUAGGGACAUAGACCUAUUGCUCAUUGGGUUUUCAAACUAGCCUUGGCAACCAUAAAAGCUAGAACCUUUUUCAAGUCCCAGAGCAGCCAUUGCAACACCGUUUUCUUAUUUCCAGCAUGCAUGCAUGCGUGCAGUUACUUUAAAAGGUGACUUUUUGAAAAAAGGAAAGUUUUUCAGUGUUUUAUAUUUGCUGCUUCUCAAUUCUGCAUGGAAUAAGGUGCAUUUCUGCAAAUCUAAGGUGUCUGUCUCAAACUGUUAACAGUUUUCCACUCAGAUUCCAAAGUAUGGAGAUGUUAUAUUAUUAUUGUUAUCAUAUAGAUACCUACUGAGAAGUGAAUAAGACUUACUCCCAGGUCAGUGUGUAUGGAAUUGCAGCUCAAAAUUUGGUCUACAUCUUUUCCAAGUUUAUUCUGAAUGAACAUGCCUAUGAUUGGGCAACACAAUCACCUGAUCCUGGGUGAAGCACAGACCAGAAGCAGGAUCUAUGGCUAAAGAUGAACCAUAUCUGCUCAAAGACUCUCAAGAGCAUCAACUUUCACACAAGCACUAAGCAGGGGAUGAGGAGAAAUUUCCUUGAUGUACCUGGGACAAUGUCAGGGGAGAGGUCCAUGCUGACAUUUCUGCUAGGAGAGGUAUAAGACUAUGCUAGCUGUAUGGGUUGCAUGAUCACACGAAUCUGCUGUGCACAGGAACAAGGAAUCAGUGGGCUGAAACUAGUGUUCACCCAUGGAAUAUGAUAUGUUUAUUUAAGUCUGCAAAGGAUACAUAAUUGAUUAUACCCUUCUCUCAGUUUGCACCAUGUUUUUGGUGCAUUGAAGUGUAUGGAGUAGAAAAAAGGAAAGACAAGGGAACAAUAAGACAAAUAACGUAGUUUUUGGCAGAGGACGAACUGCAGCAGUGUGGAAACUGUGCUGCAUGCAAAAAUGUAAAGCAGAAAACAAUUCCUUCUAGAAACUCAGGAAUCAGAUGGGUGUGUAAUAGAUCCUGCCUACCUCCUCUCACAAAAAUUGCUUGUACCAAUGCUGCUUACAUAUGUUCUUCAAAACUAGGACAGCAUUUAGCACUUUCCCUGAUUUUUUCUUUUAAACAUAGCUUUUGUUUUUCCAUUUUCUUCAGAUAAACAAUUGUUAUUCUACAACCCAAAUGUCUACAACUGUUCCAUCCCAAAGCUCUUUCAAUCAGAGCUCCUCAACUUGCAAGCAAUGUGUGCAGGAGCCCAACUGCCUUCAGUUCCUACAAAUCAAAGCCUUAUCAAGCUUCAGUCAGCCCAGGGAGAAAUUCUGUUCAACUUUGCUAAAACACAGUAUGAUCACGAAGGUAAGAAUAUCUAUCAUGAAGUUAUUACUUUUGUGGAAAUGGGGGAGGAGGGGGCUUUGAGGGGAUUCGUGACAGGAAACCUGAUGCAUCAACUACUGGAGGUCUUAGACACACUUAGCAGUAUAUCUAUAUAUUUGCAUAUCCGUAAUAACAAAGGGAUGGAUAAUAAUUCACCUCCCGUUGAGGGCAGAAAAAUUGUGAUAAUGGCAAUGAGGAUGCAACCCAAACUCUGAACACUGAAACACCUCAAUCAAAACUGAAAACCCGGCCCCUUAAUCAUUACAAACAUCUAGGGGUCCUUCAAAAAAUGUAAUUCCCUCUAACAGGAAACUCCAGGGUCUCCUUGCGGACAAGACUGGAGCCACUGAGAAUAAAACGGAACGAAACAAAAUGAAAUUGAAACCAAAGUGGGGUGGGGGUGACCUUUCUUCAAACUAGCCUAAUGAGUACUGAGCAUGCCCAAUUCUCACAGAAAGCUAUAAGAUACUGAAUGUCAGCUGAAGAAGAAAAAGAGACAGAGAAGCAGAGAGAGUUUAUUUGCCACUUAAAAACUUCAAAGCCAUGCUGGAUCAGACCAGAGGCCUGCCUAGUCCAGCAUUCUCUUCCCUCAGUGGCAAACUAAAAUGAAGUAUACAAACAUUAGCCCUAAUGGAGUCAAUUUAAGAAGCAAAGCCAGUGAUAAUUUCUCAUUUGCCCCCAACCCCUGAUUUGCCAGAUAUCUACAUAGCCUGGAUGGCUCAGAAACUGCAAACAAACUUCCUGGUGGAAUCCUGGCAGCGCAAGGGACACCGACUGUUCUCCAACUGCUCCCUUCCUUACCACGUCUACAAUGUAAACCUUGUUGGCACACCAUGGAACUCCUCAUUCUCAUCCUAUUACGACCAUUCUAAGUGGUGCGUUUCUUCACGGCCUGCAGACCGAUGGACAUGUGUCGGAGACCUAAAUUAUUCCCCUCAACAGGCUAAGAGAAGUGGUGGCUUCGUUUGCACCCAGAAUCAGCAUAUUUACAUGGCUUUCAGGGUGCUGGUUCUCCAUUAUUAUGAUUGCCGUGAGUUUCAGGAAUUUACACAUGCAGCACAGACCUCUGGCCUCUAGGUCCUUCCUGAAAAGUGCAAUUUCCCCUUCUUUCUUAAAAAAGAAAUGUUUCUGGUCCUCAUGGCUUUGGAGAAACAAAAAGAGGCUUGGGCAUGAUUUCAGGAAACAGGAUGGUUCAUCGUGCCUGACCUGGAAGAUCAUAUCUACUUUCUUUUUUUACUCCUACAUUCUCCAGUCUUUUCUAAGGACUUUGUAUUCUGUAAAAUCCCCUAAUAUCAGAAUUACAGAUAUUAUGUAACUGCAAGCAGGCCUGCAUGAUUUAGAUAAUUGGUUCUUAGCGUAAAAUUGGAGGGAUACUGUUAGUGAAGCAUGUGGGCUUCCUUGGUAUAUAAUUUGGGUUUGUUUUUAAGCUUGAAGUGACUAAAAACACAGGUUGGGUUCAUGAACCUAUCAUGCCUACCAGUUAUGUAAAAAAAAAAGGAGGACAGCAUUGUUUUAAGUACAGUUUCAGAACUGCUUCUCACUCCUGAAAGAGAAAACCCGCUGAAUAGGAAAGGGGGAUAAAAUUUGAUUCAGUUUGCAUUUAAAGGCCAAACUACCACAUCCACACUUCCUGAAACAAUACGAAAACUGAAACACAGCCAUCUUUUGCAAUUAGUAAGCGCCUGGAUUUUGCAACACAGUUUCCCAGCCAUAUACUAGUGGGGGUGGGAAAUGUACAUGAAUGCUUUAUAUUUGGCAAAAUUACUUUGCAAAAAUGUAUGUAUUCGGAGAAAUCUACAAUGAAGUGCUGAUGAAUUUUCAGGGUGUAUAUAUAUAUGUAUGUAUGUGUGUAUCACAAACGGAUGUGGAGAUGUAGUAAACUGAAUUUAUAUUGGAAAAAUAAGAAACUGAGAGUGCUCAGAAUUAACAGAUUCUUCCACCCUUAAAGUGUAUUUUAAAGGGGAAUGUGGCCUAGUACCUAUACUUAAUAGUUCUUUUGUACCUGGGUCUUAGUACCCGUAUUCUCAAGAUGACUGAGGGGACCAAACGCAAUGUCUUGAGGUAACAUAUGUGACAUUGCAUGGAGCCAGGGGAGCGGGGCCAAACACCUUCUGAACACUGAGGGGGCCCAGACCCCUAAAAAACCAGGGGUGUGAAAGUGCUGCAGCCCCUAAGAGCUGGUGCAUGGUACCCCAUAUGAUUUAGCAAAAUGUUUUAUCUAUCAGGAUGUUUAGAUUGUCAUCAAUCAGAAGCAGGGCUUUUUCAGUGGUUUCCCCCGCAAAUGAUGGAAUUAUCUCCCCCUAUAGGUCAAAUUGGCACAUUCUGGCCCUCUUCUGCUUUCUCGUCUGCUGUUUCCUCUUCUGCUUUCUCUUGUUGUGUAGUGUUAGUUGCAGCUUUCAAAGUAAUUGUUGUUUUGACUGAUAUUACAACUGCUUUGUUAUGAUUAUUGCGAGACACUUUAUGAGCCACUAGGGUUGAAAAGCGAUUUUUAAAAAUCCAAACCAAUAACGAAGACUGUAAGCCUAUCUAUACCUACUUAGCUGGGAGUAAGACUCAUUAAACUUCUGAUCAGGCGUGUAAAGGAUUGCACUGAAAGAACCAGCACUGAGAAGAUCUAGGUUCAACCAAGUCAACAGUUUGGGCCUCUGCUUCUAAUAUUGCAAAUCACAUAGUAUUAAGAUGCCUGUAAAUUUGGGUUAGCAUAUCCCCUGCAGCUGUGUCAUGGAUAAACUUGGGUUCCAAUAGUUGCGCUGUACAGUAUGUGCAUGAAUUCAUUUCCUCUUGACAAUGUCUCUACUUGGCGGGGGCAGAGGUGCUGGCAGGGUGGGAGAGAGGGAAUUACAACAAAGUUGCACUCAGCAACUGCAAGGAUUGAGCAAAGGCUUCCUCUUCCACUUUCAGAAAUAUUAAAGCAAGAGCAGAAAAGCAUAUCAGGAAGUUUUUGAGCUGAAGGUCUUCUUUGUAUUGAGAGGUGGGAUAUCAGGGCUUAUAACCACAUCCCUGUAUAAUGUCCAUAUCCCUAUAUAAUGGGAAAGUAUGGGUGGUUACCCUUGCUUCCCGAUUAGUGAUGAGGAAGAUGAUUCAAUUCAGUUUGCAUUGAAAGGCGAUCCUGUCAUUAUCACACUUUCAGAAACAUCCACUCUUUCUGAAAUGCGAGAACUUAAACGCAGCCUGAUCUUUGCACUGGAAGUUGGUUUUGGUAAACCACUCAGAAGCUUUCUUAUAAUCAAGUGGCAUAUAUACGUUUUGUUAAAUAAAUUUUAAAAAAGAUUGAUCCUUUGGCA